AUGAAGACUUUACUUGGCCAAGUGCCGUUUUCGUUUCACAAAGUUUAUCUCAAUGGAGAAUACAUAGAAUCCAACUCCAAAGACUAUUACUCGUUAUUCAAUCCGAAAGAUGGCUCUCUGGUAGCAGAAAAAAUACCAAUUGCCGACCGCGUGGAUGUCGACAACGCUGUAAAACACGCCGAGGCAGCAUUUAAUGGUCCAUGGGCUUCUUUCAGUGCUGCACAGAGAUCGGAAUGCCUCAGAAAGCUAGCUGAUCUGCUGGAAACGAGGCUGCAUGAUGUUUUGCUUCUCGACUCUCUUACGACGGGGAAUCCAGUGUCGCUGAUACCGACAAGGGAAAAGAAUUAUAUAAAGAAUUGUCUUUUGUACUAUGCUGGCUGGACCGACAAGUUGCGAGGUGACUAUUUUCCCGCGGAUGAUGGAAUCGUCAAACUCGUGCGACAAGAGCCUAUAGGAGUAUGCGCCGCCAUCCUUCCAUACAACUCACCCGUGGCAUCCAUAUUCCUCAAAGCUGCCCCAUGCCUGGCAACAGGCAACGUCCUCAUUGUGAAGCCAUCUGAAAAAGGCCCUCUGGGCUCUCUUGCAAUCGCUCCUCUCUUUGAAGAAGCUGGUUUCCCUGGAGGCGUUUUCCAGGUUGUGUCGGGCGAUGGUAGAACUGGUGGGUUGCUGGCUGAGCAUAUGCGUAUACGAAAGAUCAGCUUUACGGGCUCUGUUGCUACGGGAAAGAAGAUUCAGAUUGCAGCUGCGCAGAGUAACUUGAAGCGAGUGACUUUGGAGCUUGGAGGCAAGAAUCCUGUGGUUGUAUUUGAAGAUGCUGAUAUCGACAACGCAGUCACUUGGACUACGAAUGGCAUCUUAGCACGAACUGGCCAAGUAUGUGUUGCUGCCUCUCGACUCUACGUCCAUAGAUCGAUAUCGGAAAAGUUCAUCUCACAGUAUGUCGAGAAAAUGAAAGCUGCAAGUGCCGGCAUAGGGGAUCCUCAAGACCCAGACACAAAAUACGGCCCUUUGGCCGAUUCCCUAGCCUUUGAAAAGGUUCGUGCCAUGAUUGCUCGCGCAAGAGAAGAAGCAGAGCUCGUCGUGGGAGGCAACCAAAUCGGCACUAAAGGCAGUUUCAUGGAACCAACCGUGUUUGUGAACCCAAAGGCGGACGCGGAGAUUUACAAGAGCGAGGUUUUUGGUCCUGUAGCUGUCAUCAAGACAUUUGAUACCGAGGCAGAAGUGAUUCAAGCCGCAAACGAUACAGAGUACGGCCUGAUGGCAGGUGUUUUCACACGAGAUAUUACUCGUGCGUUGAGAGUCUCAGCUCGGAUUGACUCUGGCGUCGUGGGGGUCAACUGUGUGAGCAUGAUGAGUGUCCAAGCUCCCUUUGGAGGCAAAAAGGCGUCAGGAAUUGGAAGAGAGUUUGGGGAAUACGCGUUGCGAGCGUUUACUGAGCCAAAGACUAUUUUGAUCAAGUAA